UGGUAGUUGGGCCUUAGAGUUACCAUUAUCCUCUUUCUCUCUCAGAGUCUUAGUGUGAAGGGGGAGAAAAUAGACCAGAAAUGGCAGCUAAUGUACCGUCUUCUUCACUACUACUUUCCACAAGCAGAAAACAAUGCAUACUUUUACCCAUAAGACAAUUUUCUCCUCCUCCUCCUCCUUAUUGUCAGCCCUCAAUUCGCCCAUUUAAUUUGCCAACUCGUAUCCAAAUACGUAAUUUCCAAACCCUAUCAUGCCUUCCUCUUGCUUUUACUCCCCACGGCCACAAUCCUCCCUUCAAUCCCUCCACCAAGCUCUUUGUCAGUGGGCUUUCUUUUCGGACCACUGAAGACAGCUUGAGAAAUGCCUUCAAAAACUUUGGCAAUCUUAUAGAAGUUAAUCUAGUUAUGGACCGAGUUGCCAAUAGACCCAGAGGAUUUGCUUUUCUUCGUUAUGCUACGGAAGAAGAAUCCAACAAGGCAAUUCAGGGAAUGCAUGGGAAGUUCUUGGAUGGCAGGGUGAUAUUUGUUGAAGUUGCAAGGCCUAGAUCAGAUGAGAACUCGGCCAAGCCCAAAGCCAAAACCUGAAGCACUGACACCAUUGCAUUGCAUCAAAUGCUUUACAUACAUACUGAUAUAGUAGUGGGAUCCCUCCUCAAGGACAUUUGGGGUGCAAUGUUAGUUGAACUCAAUGAGCCAGCCUUGAAGCAUACCCGACGGCACUAUAAUAUUAAUAUAUAAGAUCCUUGGCAUAGGGGAGCAUUCUUAGAUAGUAUUUCUUGCUGAGCAAUGUAACCUAAUUUAAAAUUCAUCCUUGUUGGUUCCAAACUUUUUGGUUUCUAAUUGAAUAGAUUUCAGAUUA